AUGGGGAUUUUGGGGCGGAAACAGAUCGCCUGCUCCCGCAAGAAGCCAAGAAGGCGACACCGCCGCUUCCUCCGCUGGCCUGACGCAGCCGCCGCCGACGGCUUCAAGGCCCGCUUCCAGGCCAACUCGGGGAUCCCCUCCUCCGACGUCCACGAAUCGAGGUACUCCUCUUCCACCUCACAUCUCCAUCUCCUCCGCAUCACCCCUUCCUCUUCCUCAACGGCUCACUCGCUCCCUUCCUCUUCUUGCAAGUUGCCAAGAUCUGUGGGGAGGUGCUAUAGGCCUUCCUUCACGGACCUCCAUACUGAGCGCCGACGCCAAGCUGCCGCCGACCCAGGCCUCCACACUCGUGCUGCCGCCGACGCCAAGCUGCCGCCAAGAUCCAGGUCGCUAGGAACCCAACCAAUACAGUCUUCGUUUAUGCGCAUGAUUUUCAGCAAGCUCAGAAAUGCUACAAUGACUGCUCAGAGGUUCAAGCCUUCCUCAAUUGCCAUCAGAACUAGGUGGUGGUGUCUUCUGUCUUGUGGUGAACCCUUGGUUUUUGAGUAGGCGUUCAAGUGGUGUCUACUUGAUCUCUGUAGAUAUAUACCUGCUUCUGCUUGUAUGGCUGACAACUAGUUGCUGCUUGCAAAAAAAUCCCACUACUAGUUGCUGCUUGUA